UAGAUGAGAAUUUUAAUUAUUUAUUUCUGGGAUCUUUUUGUGUCAUCAGCGAAAUCCAGAACAGAAGGGACAUAAAUGAAUUACUCCAGGCCUGCGGUUUAAUCUACCAUUAAUCUACCACCUUAUUGGUCAUGCCCAGUCAAUAUGUCAACGUGUUCAGGCGUUUGUGAUUUACCUUAGAUAUAAGCCAGACUCGCACCAGCCUCUGUAAAAUCAAGCAAAAGUUCAAGCAAACUUUAGAAAUAUCUCCUUAUAAGUCUGAACCAGAGUGUUUUCACAAUGUUAAGGUGGCUCUAUCACCCUUAAACAAAUGAGGUUAAAAAAACAGAUGAGGUUGCUAUUUUUAACAGCAAGAUUCAUAAUUGAACCAAUGGUCUCAUCGCACAUCAUGGUAAUUCUUCUGUUUUUAUGUAUUGGGUAGCUUUCUCAAGCCUUGUUUGAUGGUGAGCUACGGAAUAAGAGGAGAUUCAUGAAGGGCAAAGUCACCUCAAGAGCAUAUGAACAACUUACACCACAGGAGAUUAGAGAUCUGAAGCUUGUUUUUGAUGUGUUUGACACCGAUAAGAGUGGGUCAAUUGAUGCCCGAGAACUCAGGAAGGCUAUGAGGGCAUUAGGAUUUAAGAUUUCAAGGGAAUCCAUAGAGGACAUGAUAGCUGACUUGGAUAUUGACAAAUCAGGGUCAAUUGAAUUUGAUGAGUUUUUGGAAUUUAUAAUUGCCAGACAAGGGGAUGGCAGAGAUGUACACAAUGAAAUUGUGCAGGGUUUCAAGAUGUUUGAUACAGGUGAGUGGCCAACACCAAAUCACUGUAACUGUUAUGUAGCAAUAUUUUUUUUGACAACCUUAAGGGCAGAAGUGAAAAUAGGCCUUUUGCAACAAACAGCCACAUGGCAGAAAAUGUUCCAUUCUGGAGGGCAAACGAAUGUGACAACCUCCAAAACAAAGCAAUUUCAAUCAGUCAAGCUUGACUUUACCUUGUGUUUUUAUGCCCCAGUGCAUACAUGUAUAAUGCCUUCCAGCAUGGCUGAUAUUAUACAUUGUACCAUAUGACCAUCUGUUGCAAAAGGCCUUUUAUGUUAAGACGAUGAAAAAAUGUGUUGUGUACAUUGUCUAGUUGGGUACUGUUAUAUGUAACAAAUCAUGUUAACUCUUCUUUUGUAAGUUAAGCUUUUUCAGUUGUAAAGUACUGUCAGGUUUCAUGUUAUUGUACAAAGGAAUUUGCUAUAAGAGUUCACUUUCAAAAAAGAUCAGGUGUCUGCAUGUAGUUAGUCUCUUCCAUAGCUGCAACAAGAAGCGUUGCUUGAUGACCCUAAUAAUGGCUGUGCAUGAAACUAGCAUAUAGGAGGGUUUAAAAUAUUUGAAUGUGGCUUGGACCAUAACCAACUUACAACUGCUGACAGUAUUUUACUCAGCAAUACCAAACUUUUUCUUUCAUG